ACUACCACACUUGCUAGACAACUUUUGUCGAGGCGCGUUGUAUUGUAUUAAAGAAUAAAAAUAAAGUGCAAAAUGAGGGAACACUUUGGUUGCGGAAGGUUUAUGGAAACGCGUGAUUUACCAUGCCAUAAUUUCGGCUCAUUUGGACAUGGUCCACGAGGUCCAACUCCGUCCGAUCAGCAUUGCGGUCCGCACGGUUUCGGACAUCAAAGAAUUGGUCCGUUUGGACAUGGCCCACAUUGGCAUGGUCCUCAUCAUCAUGGUCCACACCACCAUGGACAUCAUGGACAUCGCGGGCAUCAUGGGCAUCAUGGACACCAUGGACACCAUGGACAUCAUGGCCAUAAAGAGUUUGGUUUCUUCGGACACCAUUUUUGGGGACCAUGGGGAAGAUUUGGACAUGAGAGACCUGGUUGUCGCGGAGAAGAACCUAAAAGAUCUUGCAGAGGCAAGUUUGGUCGUGGUCCAGAAGAGCGCAGAGGGCACGGUUGCAACCGAAGAAAUAUGAACCAAAAUACUGGCGAAGAGACUGUCUUAGUUCGUGGAAUUGUGAUAGAGAGGGGACGAAGACCAAAUUCAGUUUAAGAGGAACGAUAUAAAUCUAUUAACAAAAUUAGAACAUAUUCCGGAUAU